UCCGCUGGCUCCCGGGCCGCGCGGGGUGAGGGGCCGGGGGCGUCCCGGGCACCGGGGCUCCCUCGGGCGCGGUCCCCGCCGCAGGCUCCAGCAUGGCGGGGCCUGCCGUGGCCCCGGCCAUUCCUGCAGCGCUGCCAGAGCAUCGCGGGGCCGUUUGAGGCCGCUGCCGGCGCCUCCCGGGGGCGGUCAUAGGCGCCCCGGACAUGGCGGGCGGGGGGGCACGGGGGCCCGGAGCCCCGGCGGGGCCGGGCGCGGUGGGGCCGCGGCCAUCCCGCCCUUCUCCCUUGCAGGCUCCUGCUCCCAGCGCCCGCAGGGAUCCGGGAAGCCGCCGGCAGGAGGGACGUGGAUUCGAGGCACCUAGCGGCGUAAUUAGCGCAGUUGUGGUUAAUCACGGCCACCAAGGCCUCGGCCCUCGGCUCCCAGGGCUGGAAUUCCUCGGGGAUGCCGUGACCGAGACGUGGGGCUCCGUCCCGGCAGCAUUCCGUGCCCAGGCUCCCUCCGAGGUGCUCAGGCGGAUUUGGGAAGCCCCCAGGAAGGAGGAAGCUGUGCAAGGCUGCUGUAAUUAGCGCCGCUCAGUUAACGAGCAGCAGGAGCUGCGUGCUGUGCUGGGUGUCACCCGGGCGCCGUGGCCCCGGGCACACUCCCUGAGGAAGAGGCAGGAGAGUCGGUGACCCAGUCGGGGAAUUAAACACAGC